UCUCUACUCUGCAACUCUCUCUCACUCGUAAGAAGAAGCGGAGACUUUGAGAAUUGUAGUAAUGGCGAUUUCUAGGGUUUCGAUCUGUUUCUUAGCUUUGUUCCUCUUUAUCUCAUCACCGAGAUUCAUCUCUGCUGAAGAAGCAGCACCAGCAGCAGAAGAAGCUGCUAAAGCACCAGACUCUGUAUUGACUUUAGAUCACACUAACUUUCAUGACACUAUCAAGAAACAUGACUUCAUCGUCGUUGAAUUCUACGCUCCUUGGUGUGGACACUGUAAGAGUCUCGCUCCUGAGUACGAGAAAGCUGCAUCUUUAUUGAGCAGCCAUGAUCCUAAAAUUGUUCUUGCUAAAGUUGACGCCAAUGAGGAAUCAAACAAAGCACUAGCAACUGAAUUCGAGGUUCAAGGUUUUCCAACUCUUAAAAUCGUAAGAGAUGGAGGAAAGAACAUCCAAGAAUACAAGGGGCCAAGAGAAGCUGAAGGGAUUGUUGAAUACUUGAAGAAACAAGUUGGUCCAGCAUCAGCUGAAAUCAAAUCCACAGAGGAUGCCAGCACUCUCAUCACUGACAAAAAAGUAUCUGUGGUUGGUGUAUUCCCAAAAUUUUCUGGGGAGGAAUUUGAGAACUUCAUGAGCUUAGCUGAAAAAUUGCGUUCCGACUAUGAUUUUGGUCAUACCUUGGAUGCUAAAUUCUUACCAAGAGGAGGUGCAGUCAGUGGUCCAACAAUCAGGCUGUUGAAGCCUUUUGAUGAGCUUUUCGUUGAUUCUCAGAAUUUUGAGGUGGCCGCAAUGGAGAAGUUUCUUGAUGAGUCUAGUGUGCCUCUUGUUACUCUUUUCAACAAAGACCCAAACAACCACCCAUAUGUUAUCAAAUUCUUUAACAGCCCCAACGCCAAGGCUAUGUUAUUCCUCAACUUCAGUGUUGAACUUGCUGAUGGAAUCAAGUCAAAAUUCCAAGAGGUCGCCAAGGCCCAAAAAGGAAAGGGUGUAAGCUUUUUAAUGGGUGAUCUUGAAGCUAGCGAAGGUGCUUUCCAGUAUUUCGGUCUCAAGCAAGAGCAGGUACCUCUCAUCAUCGUACAAAACAGUGAUGGGUCAAAAUAUCUUAAAGCAAACUUGGAGGCAGAUCAAAUUGCACCUUGGAUUAAGGAAUACAUGGAGGGAAAAGUGAAGCCAUUCAAAAAGUCAGAACCUAUUCCUGAGGUUAACAAUGAACCAGUCAAAGUGGUUGUUGCAGACAGUCUCCAAGAUGUCGUCUUCGCCUCUGGAAAGAACGUUCUGCUCGAAUUUUAUGCACCUUGGUGUGGACAUUGCCAGAAAUUGGCUCCAAUCUUGGAGGAAGUUGCUUUGGAAUUCCAAAGUGAUCCUGAUGUCAUUAUUGCUAAGCUCGACGCAACUGCCAAUGAUUUCCCUACUGAUCAGUUUGAUGUUAAAGGGUACCCAACGAUGUACUUCAAAUCAUCAGCUGGCAUCGUUGUGCAGUAUGAUGGUGGAAGAACAAAAGAGGAUUUCAUUGACUAUAUUAAGAAGCAUAAGGAUACAACUGUCGUGCCCGUGGAGUCUGCUGAGCCUGUUGAAUCUGCUGAGCAUGUCGAUUCAGAAGCUGUUAGAGAUGAGCUAUAAUUAGAGGUAGAAAGAGACUUGCUUCAAGUUAGGAGAGAAACUAGUUGAUAGACACAUCUCCUCAAGGUUAGAGUUCAAUGGCUAGUCUGGGGUUGUAUUCAACUCACAGUAGAAAGUGUGCACCAAAGUUUUCUCUAGCAAAUCUCUCAUCCUGUUUCUGAAUAAAUUGAGAGAGUGUUUCAAGCUUGUAACAUGUAGUUUUUAGAUUAGAUUUGUAGUCGACAGUUUUACUUCAAUUACAUCAAACCUUUGUUUUUUGCCCGAGUUAUAAUACAAGUCAUCUCUCUUGCUUAUUAAUUGUUUUGCUA